AUGCUCAGUGACCCAGCCUCUGAGCACGCAUCACUUAGACCUCCAGGCCUCUCCUACACGACUACAACGGACCAGAACAACAGCAGCAAAGACCCGGGUGGUGGAGUGCAGGCGCAGCCCCGGCUGGGGUUGCCCCAGGCUGGGGAGGAGCCUGCAGCGGACUCUGAGGUCACUCAAACAACGACCAGCAAUCGGAGCCGUCCAUCAGCCGCUAAGUGGGCCCAAGAACAGCAACCGAGCCAGCGGCAGCAGCGGCCGAGCAGCGGUCGGGGGCAGAAACGGCACCGUGGCGACAUGGCGGACGGGGCGAACACAACGAGCCCCAGUGCCAACCAGGGACCACAGGAGCUACAAAAUAGGCUUGCCGCCGUUAGCGAACGCACACUUCAGUAUGAGAUGGCGUUAAAAGAGAAGGACAACGAACUAGCGCGCCUCAAACAAUUGCUUGCGAUGAAAGGCGAGCAACUUCCAGGGCCCAGCGCACAGGCGGGGCCGGCGUCUGUCAUCACCGAGCAAGAAUUGAAGCAGGCUUAUUGCUCGUCGGUUCAAGCCCUGAAAGAUUACUUGGUAAUAUCCAAUCUGACCAGCUACGACAUAACAGGCAAAAACCUGCCCGAAAAGGUCACCGCCGACAUUAAGGCCCUGGUUCACACCAUCAGCAAGGUGUGCCUCCAAAUCCUAAAGCCCGAAACCCCCUUCGUGCUGGAAACCAUCAGCAAGGACUACAGCAAUACAACCACGACGGAUUGGGAGCUGGAUAAAAGUCACUGGAUCAACGUAAUUGCACAGCUGCAGCUCUCCAACUUACAGGUCCUGUCCAUCCUGCACGCACGCGAGUUGCACGUGCACAAGAUGCAGAUGCUCCUGCAGGAGCGCGCGGCCAUCGCACGCCAGGCAGCGGAGCUAACAGCAGCAGCGUGCAGCUCUAACCCCAUGAUGUUGGAUGAGGUAUCAAACAUGACGGUGCUUGUUCAGCAUGGAUACCUGUACUUUGCCCGCAACGCACUGCUGCUGCAGCGUGUCGUGGAUAUGUUCAAGGAGUCCCUCCUCCGUGAACAAAAGACGGUGAUGGAGCUGUUCCUUAAAGUGCUUUACCAGGUGCUCUCUCCCGUCCAAGCGGCAUUGUUCGUAGUUGAAGCUUUUCCUUACCACUGUGACGUGCUGGCGCUGUCGAAUGUGCUGGCGUUGGUCUUCGGAAAGGACGGCAGCAACGUGGGGAACAUGGGCCCUAUGGGCAACGCGCAGGCCGGGAUGGGGAGCACAGACCCGCUGGACAUGAUGAUGGGAAUGGGUGGCGGUGGUGGCGGGCCCUCCGCCGCCGCCGCGGCGGGGCCCAGUGGUGCCGGCAGCGGCGGAAACGGCAUGCUUUCCAUGCAGGAGGCCAUGCUGCUGCACCAGCAGUUUGGCGGGGGCGGCUCUGGCGGCGGUGGUGGCGGCGCCGGACCGGAUAAACUAUCGCUGUUGCAGCAGCAGCCGAGCGGGCAGCAAGACCUCACGGGGGGAGGCCUGGGUGCAGCCGGUUUAGGUGGUUCUCUAAGCGGCGGCUUAGGUGGGGGCGGGUUGGGGGCCGGCGGGCUGAGCGGCCUCAGCUCUGGUGGCAAUCCGGCGGGCGCGCAGCGGUUGAACCCUUUUGGUGCGAUGGCGGAGCUGCAGUCCAUGAUGGGAGGUGGCGGUGGUAACGGUGGCGGCAGUGGAUUGGAUGGGUCAGCAUUGCGAGGCGGUGAUGCAGGCGGCGCAAGUGGCAUGAGCGCCGCGGCAGUAAAACAAGAGCUUCAAAGCCUGCAAGCGGCCGCAAUGGCCCGCCAGGCUGCUGGGCAGAUGCUCGGCCCAGGCGUGGCUGGGGAUAUGGCCACCGCUAAAGCAGCAGCUGCCGGCGGCGGUGGUCUUUCAGUCUAUAAUCAGCAGCACAACAUGCCUGCCGGCAUGGGGGGCCUCGCGCAAGGUGGCGGCCUGAUGGAUAACGGUGUUGGGCCGUCAGGCGUGGGACACAAUCCCGCUGCUAACCUUUCCCCGGACCUCAUGGGCGGGCAAGGCCCCGGCCUGGCAGGCCCUGGAGCUAAAGGAAUGGCGGUGGGAGGCGGCCCUGGGCCGGGCCUACAGGGCGCGGGGUCCUUGGGGGUUGUGGGCGGGCUGGCAGGGGCGGGUAGCCUGGGCGGCGGUGGCGGCGGUUUAGUGGGGCCGGGCAGCCUGGGCGGCGGCGGGCUAGGUGCUGGAGGCCUGGGUGGCGGUCCGGGAUUAUUCGGCAAGGGCGGUCCGCAGGGUGGUGCGCCCACGCUUAACCUCAGCAUGCCGGGCGCAGGCGGGGGAGGCCUGGGUUUGGGUGGCGGUGGCGGGCUUGGGGGCUUGGGCGGGCAUGCGGAUGCGUUGGGUCCGCUGGGCCAGCAGAACAGCGGCAGUCUACCCAUUAGCACCGACAAGUCGGGCUGCACUCAGCCGGCUGGGGAGGGGGAAGAACAGCGCGCUAAACGCGCCAAAAUUUUGGAGAUUCAGCGGGACUCAACUCUGACGGACGAGGAAAAGGGAAAGCGCAUUCAAGCGCUCCAUGGGGCUAGCCAAUGGCUCGCUCAGGUGGUGCCUCGAGAAGACCCGCUGGGCAAACUCACCGAUGCCGAACGGGACAGUGUGACGUGCGGAAUCUGUACUUCCAUCGUCGACAAGCCAGUUACGCUCCCAUGUCAACACAACAUGUGCUUGAGCUGCCUCAAGAGCAUCCGGAAGCUGGAAACGACCCUCCGGAGGUGCCCGUACUGCCGUACAACCAUAAAGCCAGCUUUCAUCGACGGUGCAAGGAUCAACACGGCGUUUGUUUCCCAUCUCCGUAUGCUGUUGGCUCGGUCCCUGGGGGGCAGUGCGGUGGUCACGGCCCGGGUACAUCGCGAGGAGCCGGAGGGUGACGGGGAGGAGGAGGGAGAACAGCGACCCGAGGAGGCGUUCACCACCUCGCGAGCUGUCAGGAAUGGUUUGGCCAACGCUUGCAGCGGCAGCCUCAAGAUGACUUGCCCCCCGGAUCACUUUGGUCCGAUAGGUCCCGAGUUCGAUCCCCGUCGGAAUCGGGAUGUGGAAUGCCCACCUGCCCCACGUGGCUGGAAUUGCGGGGCAGAGCAACAAAGGUGCGGACGCGCGAGUGGGUUAUGGGAGGAUUUGAGCGGCAACAAACGCAACGGGGCGCAUGAUAAGGACCAGCUCACAUGGCACAACACCAGGCGGGGCUUCCUCACCCACAUCCCGGGCAUUUUCCCUUCCCCGGGCUUCAACACUGCCCCCGGGUUGCCCCCCCCCCCCGGGUGCCCCCGUGAGUUCACCCGCUACAACCUGGCGUUGAAGAGGUCGUGUGAGGAGGGACUUCCGGUGCGGGUCAUCAGGAGCCGUAAGGAGAAGCGCAGCGCCUUCGCUCCGAAGGAUGAGGCCCUCAAGGAGCUCCAAGAGCUGGUGGCGGCGGCGGCGGCGGGUGGGGGUGGGGGUGCCGGCGGCGGCGGAAAGAAUUCCGCUCCCGUGACGACGACGUCGCCGAAAAAACGUCAGCGCGGCGGCGCUGGCGGCGGCGGCGGGACAGGCAAACACACCGCCGCCACUGCCGCCGCAGCAGGCCGGCAGACCGCCGUCAAAGCCAAAACGAAAAAGAAGGCAGAAGAGGAGGACGAAGAUGACGAUGAUGAUGAAGGCUCUGAUGAUGAUGAUGAUGGUCAGCAGGACGAGGAGGGUUCAGAAGAGGAGGGCGAACGCAGCAGCGAGGUGGGCUCGGAGGACGACGACGACGAAGAGGACGAGGCGGAGGAGGAGGACGAUGAUGGCGAUGAGAAGGGAGGCAAGAAGGGAAAGGCCGCUGCCGGGACUGGCGGCCCCUCCCCCUCAUCGACUGUCCAGGUGGCCGAGGCCAAGGCCUUCGCUCCAGUUCGCUACGACGGCAUCUACCGGGUACUGGCGUGCUGGCGAGGCAAGGGGGCCGCCAACUACCUGGUUUGCAGGUGGGGGCGGGAGAGGGGCGACCAGGGCCUUGGUCGAAUUCCGGAGCGAGCUGCCAAGGAGAUUGCCGCGGCUAAGAAGUUGGGAGAGGAGGUCACGUACAUGACUAAGACACCGGCAUGGGACUAUGACUCAGCGAAGGGCGAGUGGGGCUGGACACGGGCCCCACCAGCAACGCAGAACAAGGCGGCAGGUGGUGGUGGGGCGGCGAAGCCCCAUUCGGAGAAGUCGUUGGGAAAGCAACUCGAGGGGAAGCUCGAGGGCGGCGACGGCCCGGCCCGUCACAACUCCCGACCCUCCCGCACUGCCAGCCAACGGAAGCCGUGUCCCGCUCGGGGUUGCGGCAAGGACCUAACUGCGUUCAUGAAGGACGUGCAAGUUAACAACGCUAUGGCUUCCCAGGCGGCCAGUGCGGCUGAGGCCAUUCAGCGCAAGGAGGCUGAGGUGGCGGUGAUGAAGCGCCGAAUGGAGGGCAAGGAGGAGCCCACGAUUGAGCGGGGCGAGGGUGAGGAGGAUGAGAAGGGUCAGGAGGAAGGCGAGUUCAAGGAGGAGAACGGGGCGGCGGUGGGGGCGGCAAAGGAGGCGGAAUCUGUAGAGAAAGACGGACGCAAAGAUGUUCAGGAACAGGAGCAGGAAGAGGCGGCGGCGGUGGCGGCGGCGGUGGCGGUGGCGGUGGCGGCGGCAGUCCAAGGGGGGGAUGGGCCCCAGGGGAAGGGGGCGACGGACACUCUGCUGAAGGAAGCUCCGGGUGGUACGGCGAAGGCGGGCGGCGCUCCCGUCGCCGCCGUGGGUGUUGUUGCGGAGCUGCAGGCGUCACCGGCGGCGGCGGCGGCUGUGCCGGCUGCCGCCGCCGCUGCCAACGGCGGUCGUGGCGAUGGCGAUGGCGAUGGUGGGUCUCUGCGGUGGUCCACAGAGGCGACCUGCAUUGCGGAGCGUCAUCCGGAUUUCGAUGUGGAGUUGAUUUCCGGAUUGUUGGAAGACCAGGGGGGCGACGUGGCGGAGGUGGAGGCGUACAUCAAGCGAAUCAAACGGAGCCAACAGCAGCAGCAAAAGACACCCAAGUUCCCCAGGCGACAAAGCGCCGGGACCUCCAAGCGCUCUCAUAAGAAGGGGGCUGGCGGCCUUGGCCGGAAGUCCAAGUCGUUAACGGCGGGUGAUGCCGAUGAGCAAAUGGAAGCGGAGGACGGCGCGGAGGAGGGCGAGGACGGGAAGGAGAAGAGGAAGGAAGCGGUUGAUGAUAUGGACGUGGAUGUAGGAAAGGUGGAGGAUAAACCGCAGGGGGCAGCAGUGUUAGCGGCGGCAAAGGGUAAGGCCGGGGUGCUGGACGUGGGUUUGCGUGUUGCAAAGCGCUCUCUGCUUGCGAAGACCAAGCAAGGCACGGGGCCAUAG